AUGAAUAUAUCAUCACAAGUGACGUUAAUAGCGACGCUAUCAGUGAUAGCGUUUGUGCUGUCAAUAGUGCUAGCGCUGGCGCUUCUGCCCGCGGCGCCGGAAUGGGAAGCGCUGGCGCUGGCAGGCUCUGUGCUGGUCACCGUGUGCCUCGGCGCUGGUACACUCAUGGCAACAUAUCAUGCGCCGCUGCCGCUGUUUGCUCUAAUACUGAUGGUGCACACAAUGAUGCCGAUAGCACGAUCAAUAUCCCUGGGCAUGUCGGUUAUUCUAACGUUGGCCUAUUUGGGCAUCGCCAUAGGACUAAGGCCGGAGGAAGAGAAGAAUUUCUUCUAUCAACAGCUGAUCUGCGAGCUGGCUCUUCUCCUGUCAGCGUCUGGAAUCGGAGUUUACUACCGAGCUUUAACUGAGAGAGCUCACAGGAACACCUUCGCUGGCACCAGGACUUGUCUGGAACAACGAGUGAAGCUGGAGUCCAGUAACACUCAUGACGGAGAAGUUGUAGUCAACAUGCAGUAUCUGUCACAGUGA